GCGAGCGGCGUGCCUAAUAACGCAGGUCUCUGUGUGCCAUCCUCACAAAAGCUUCGCCAAAGAUUCAAGGUGACCUGAUGAAAUGGAGCCAGGUGCGUGGGAUUGCAGGAUGUCUGUCUUCCUGCGCAAGAGGCGGCUCUUGCGCGGGCCGCUUUUCGCAUAGAUAGAUCCGGGGCGGGCGGAGCCAGCAAAGACGAGCUGAUUCGAAGGCUUCCAAGACGAUUGCCUUGUCUUGUCAUGGCGGUGGCAGCGCUGAGAAAUCGCAGCAGAGAUCCACAGCCCCAUCCGAAUUUAUUGGUGCUUGGGUCCGGCUACAAAACGCUUUUUGUAGUCGGCAGCAGGUCGGCUCGAACGGGAUUCGGCUGGCAAAUACCAAAAACGUUGUAUCAUUUUAUACGGGGAAUGCUGUAAAACAGGUAAUUGCCACCGGCUCCUUGAUUCCCGCUGGCCAAUUGCAUGGCGUCGUUUUUCAAAUGGCUCCUGAGUGUUUGGUGGCAAGAUCAAGGCACUUUCGGAUAUCAUAGCUGUUGCGUGGAAGACACUUGCUACCUUGGAAAGACAUGGGCGAGACGCGACUCGAACAGGAAUUACCGGCGGGUACCUGCAAGAAGGAGGCGACUUCCGUCCUCUGCAAGAAGCGUUCGCUGCGUCGGCGCCUGGUGGACAGUCGCUGGUUAUUCAACAAUAUCCACGUUGGCGAGGUACUCAUCGACUGCCGCUCAAGCGCGAAUUGUCUUGCUAAUACGGUGCUCGGGUCCAUUAAUGUACCUCCGCCGGAGCACGACAACUACCUCACUUGCAGCGAGUACGUCGAGAACUUGGGGCUAUCGGCCGCCAAACGCUCGCUGCGCGAUAUGCUGCUUUUCGCAGACGAGGAAGACGUUUCGAACCCUGAGUCUUGGCUGCACAAGCUGGAGCAAUUCUUUCUCGAUGAAGGACGCGCUGCCAGCAUUAAAGUGCUCUGCGAGGGCUUUGCAGAGUUCCACAAGCGCUACCCGUUCUACACGUCGCUGGGCAUCGUGGACGACGGAGUGCUGCAUAGCGGUGAGCACCAGGUUUCGUACCCGAAUGAGAUCGUCGACAAUUUUUUAUUCCUCGGGAAUAUGUGGCAGGCACAGUGCAAACAAGUUUUCCUGGACUUGGGGAUCACGCACGUGGUGAAUGCAACGCGCAAGGUGGACAACGUCUUCGAGAAGGACGGAGUCAAGUACUUUAACGCCAAGCUGGACGAUAAGCCUGACGAGAACAUCACACAGUUCUUCAACUCUACGUACCAGUUCAUCACACAAGCACAGCGCUCGACGACUGCGGAUGGCAGACCCUGUCGGGUACUAGUACAUUGCACGCAUGGAAUCUCCCGGUCGGCGACACUUGUGAUCGUCUACGUCAUGCGUACAUACCAUUGGUCGUUGGCGCAGGCGUUCAACUUCGUGCGCUCAGGCCGCGGCGUAGUUGUCCCGAACGAAGGCUUUUUGCGUGCGCUGCUGCGAGAGGAGCGACGGCUGUUCCACAACAAAUGCAGCGUUACAGAGGACGAGCUCGAUCUGUUGACGAGCGGCAGUCUGCCGAGCCAGCCAGCAAGGCUGCAGCGACGGACUUCUCCGUCUCUAGAGCUGGCAGCGGAAUCAUCGAAGGACAGUCAGUGCUCCGUCAUGUGAUCGACCGACUAGUAGUAAACCUUUUUUGUAAGAUACUCGUUAGAAGCAACAAUCUGUACCCUCAGAAGUGCAAGAUGGUAUCGAAUCUGGCGCGAAUCUCAAGUACAUGUGUCCCGAGUUACAAUGUCGUCUUGGAAUAAAGGGUAGCAUGGUAUCAGAACCGUCUGAAAAGGAUGUGCUCUCUGUUACUGCAGUUCUUAUGCAGCAACAAAGCUGAACAUGCAACAGCAGAGAGCGCGGUUGACCAUCUUGAUGCUUCCACACUGUUGUCGACGCCUCCCAUCUUGUGAGCGGGACGGAAACGCCGUUUCAAACGGGUCCAAACCCGCGUCCCACAUGUACAGGAGUCGCUCUGCUCAGACAAACAGGCCAUGUAGCCACUGUUCAACUAGGUACUUCACUAUACGUUGAAGUACACGCAUGUAUACCCAGCGGAGAUAAUGUUGGCUAUUGGCACGCAGCUUUCGACAGCGGCUUCAUGCUGAAGUUCAGCUGCUUCGCCUUCACGCUCGUCCAAUCCCCGUGAUUGCUACGCAUUAUUUCCUGUAGGGCCCUACUUGGGCGUCCAUGCUCAGAAUUGGCCGCUGCUGUUGCCGGUGCAUACAGUUGCCGCGCAAUGCACCACGGUAAGUUACAGUGUAACUUUAGCGUGGAGGAAGAAGAGGCGAACGAAUUUACUUGCGUAAUGUAUGGUCCAUAGUGUUAAGAAAGCCGGAGAUUGAGCUUUUUCUUCCGAGGACUUGCUUUUUCUCCGAAGACGUCGGAUGAAUUCAAUUAUAUAUAAUUUGAAAGGUACUAUGCC